AUGGAUUCCAGCAAUGUGUUUGACUACUCUUUCGUCGAUUAUUCUUUGGACUACAAUCUUUCGUUCUCUGAGAUGUUGGCUGAAGAUCCACAAGUGAUACUUGAAGACCAUCCCUCAACAGAUGCUAUUACCGACAGCAUUACGGGCCCUCCAAGCGCCAUGCCCUCAUUGUCAAUACACUUGGAAAUUCCCAUAGAACAUGGCAUCGAACCGUAUUUAUCUCCUGAUUCAACUUCAGCAGACAUGAGCAAAGCAAUGUUGAAAUCGAUACCAGAUAUGCGUACCACAACAAACGCAGCGUUAGCGUCAACUCAGGCUCCCAAAUUACACACUCCAUUCAACACCUCUCCAAAAUCAUCUUCGUUAUGCCAUCAAAUUAACGAGGAGCCUGCCAUGGCAUCAUCAUCAAUGUAUCAAUCUCAAGCCUUGGAUGACCCGAGCUAUCUAGGCUUUUCGUCUGCUCCGGAGGGUUUCAACUUUGUCGAUCCCGCUAACCAGCUUUCUAUGUCAGGUGCAGGCAUCAUUCCGACUAGACCGCUUGUCUCAAGGAACUCCUCACUGAAUAAAAUUAUACCUCGUUCUGAGGGCAUAUUCCCUACGUCAACGCGCAUCAAUACCCCUCCUCAGGCAUCGAGCAGUAAUCAAGCUCCGUCUUUCAGAAAUCCUGAGGCAUGUCAAUUUGUUGAUCAGAAUGAAAGGUACUUGAGUGAGCCCUCCACCACCUCCACGAGUGCUGCGUCCAAACCUGGGAAGCAAAACCGCUAUAUUGACAUCAUUCAUGGCGGAAUCUGGUUCAUUAAUCCAGAACUACCAGCACAGGCGACACACGCCCUCACUAGGGUGCACACCGAAGAUGACAAACGAAGACAGCAGUUUCUUCCAACCCUUGAAAAUGUUGACCAACUGGUUUCCUAUUAUCAGCAUGGAAGCCAUGCCAACAUCCCAAGGAGCGCUACCGACAGUUUCCACUCCAAUAUCGGAGAAACGGAAACAAAUCAUCAAUCAAGAUCCAUCAAGAUGACAUUGAACCGUGAAGAGGGCUCCGGGGGUAACCCCGUCGAGUCUCUUGCAAAGCUCAGACACGGCAAUGGAGGGUAUGAUAUAUUGAUGACCAAUCAUUGCACAGAAACACAGAAUGGUGACAGUCAAGUCGCCACCGCUUCCAGAUAUACACGGAAGCGAAGACUGUCGACGGCAAACGGAGAUAGGGGCGAAUCCGCCUCUGCCCUCAAACGUCCACGAGCAGGCUCACCACUGGUACGUGGGAGUGGAGCGAGCAGCUCGGCGCAGACCGAGGGGAGUGUGAGCAGGGUCGCAGCGACCCUGACGGCCGCACCGAGACCCCAGUUGCAGCCAGCACAACCGCGGUGUCUCGCUGAAGGGUUCUCGCAAGGGCGCUUGGUGAUUGAGAAGCGUGAGCGCCACAGAAAAAAGGAUGGAGGACUCACUUUCCAGGUGAUGAGGCCCACACAUGAACCAUAG